AUGCCUUGCGCUAUCUCGUCUCCCAGUUUAAGUUUAUAUUCUUCCUUUGUGGUUUCAUUAUUUUCGAGUAAUAACAUAAAACACCAUAUUACUCGAAAACCAAGAAAAAAACAAAGAAAUAGGAAAGCUAAUCGACUUGGUAAUAACAUAAAACACCAUAUUACUCGAAGUAAUGUAACCAAUCAAGAAAAAUCUUAUAUUAAUAAAACGUCGCGUGCUACAUUGGAGGAAAUUAGAAGUAUACUAGAAUAUUGCGAGGAAAAUGAUAUUGAUAAAAACGAUAUUGAUAAAAACGAUAUUGAUAAAAACGAAAUUAAAAUAGAUUGGGAUGUCAUCGAUGUCGUCAAUGGUGAGGAAAUUAAGCAAGAAUCGGCAAAGGAAGAGGGUGAUUUUUUUCCAUUAAUUCCUCAGGAAAGAAAUUCAAAUUUUGGUUUGCCAAAGGAAGAGCUUGAAAAGGCGAGGGAGAUUUUUUUAAAUAGGAUUGAAUCUAUUUCCUAUAACAAAGUUACCAAACAAUUUACGAUUUUUCCAGAUGAUGAUAAAGAUAUUUCAGAAAAUGUUCUUUGGUAUACUAGGUAUGGGCGUCCUCAUGAAGAAUCAAUUAAUAAGUGGCUUCAAUUGAUUCUUAGUUGGGAAAAGAAGAAUAUCGAUAGAUUUUUAGUUAGGUUUGGCGGUGAAGGAAAAUGA